CCACUCGUCCGGUUCGUCGUGACGCUUUUCGCUCAGUCGUCCCGGUCGCUCGCGGCGCGCGAUUUUUCCCCCUCGUGGAUGAUAACAUAACCUAGAAGGGGGAAAGGUUCGAUGUGCGGUCCGGCGCCACGCGCUCUUAAAUGUCCCACACUUCAUUGUAGAUAGCGAUAUCUCAUAGAUCUAAGCGCCGAGCGCGUCACAUGGGUAAAGUCUAAUCUCGAGAAGGUCAUAAAUUUGGCGCGGCCGAUCAUGCUCGGUACGUUAACCGGUGCCCGCGCGAUUAUCGCGCGACCGGUAGUGCGAACCUGGCUGGCGAGCGACGGGACGAAGUUGCGUCAGACACCUCCGCGUCGGUUUGCCACGAAUGAGCUGAAGAGGCGUCUCAAGGCCGAGCAAAAGGCCAGGGAGAAGGCCGAGAAGGAGGAGGCCAGGACGCUCGCGGCGGCAGCGGCGGCUCAACCGAAGGCUUCUGAGAAGAAGAAUGUCAAGGAGGAAGAAAUUAGUCCAAAUGAAUAUUAUAAGAUUCGGUCGAAUUGGGUUAGUCAGCAGAAGGCUAUCAAUGACAAUCCUUACCCACACAAGUUUCAUGUAUCAAUCUCCCUUGAGGACUUCAUCGAGAGAUUUAGAGAUAUCGUGAAAGAUGGUGAAACGCUUGAGAAUGAGACGCACAGUGUCGCUGGACGUGUCCACUCUAUCCGAGAAUCUGGUGCUAAACUGAUCUUCUAUGAUCUUCGGGGGGAAGGUGUCAAGAUACAAGUGAUGGCCAACGCGAGAUUGUACGAGAGUGAGGAAAAAUUUGUGGAGGAUACCACAAAAAUUAAGAGAGGCGACAUCAUAGGCGUUAUCGGCAAACCUGCGAAAAGUAAAAAGGGCGAAUUCUCGAUCAUACCACGCUCUGUUUCCCUUCUGAGCCCAUGUUUGCACAUGCUGCCACAUCUCUACUUUGGUCUGAAAGACAAGGAAACGAGAUUCCGUCAGCGGUAUCUGGAUCUCAUAUUAAACGAUAAGGUUCGACAAAUUUUUCAAAUACGCGCGAAGAUAAUCGCUUACAUGCGCAAGUUCCUUGAUGAUAUGGGCUUCCUGGAAGUCGAGACUCCUAUGAUGAAUAUGAUCGCUGGAGGUGCGAUCGCCAAACCUUUCAUUACACACCACAAUGAACUCGACAUGGACUUGUACAUGAGAAUUGCUCCGGAAUUGUAUCAUAAGAUGUUGGUCGUUGGUGGCAUCGAUAGAGUAUAUGAAAUUGGCAGGCAGUUCAGGAACGAGGGCAUCGACAUGACUCAUAAUCCUGAGUUUACUACUUGUGAAUUCUACAUGGCAUAUGCUGAUUACAAUGACCUAAUGGAACUCACGGAGACUAUGGUGUCCGGCAUGGUAAAAACCAUAUACGGGACUUACAAGAUACAGUAUCAUCCGGAUGGACCAGAGGGCAAGGCAUAUGAAAUCGAUUUCACGCCGCCUUUCAAGCGUAUAUCGAUGAUAAAAACGUUGGAGGAGGUUUUGCAAGUCAAACUGCCUGAUGCCGAUCAGCUCAACACGGCAACGGCAAAUAAGUUCCUUAGCGAUCUUUGUGAGAAGCACGAGAUCGAGUGUCCUCCUCCAAGAACAUCGGCGAGAUUGCUGGACAAGCUCGUUGGAGAGUUCAUCGAGGAGACAUGUAUUAAUCCCACCUACAUCAUUGAUCAUCCACAAGUAAUGUCUCCAUUAGCGAAAUGGCACCGAUCCCAGAAAGGCCUUACUGAACGAUUCGAGUUAUUCGUUAUGAAAAAGGAAAUUUGUAAUGCCUACACUGAACUGAACGAUCCGGUCGUUCAAAGAGAAAGAUUCGAACAACAAGCAAAGGAUAAAGCAGCCGGUGAUGAGGAAGCACAAUUAGUUGAUGAGAACUUCUGCACAGCUUUGGAGUACGGUUUACCGCCAACAGCCGGGUGGGGAAUGGGUAUUGACCGAUUAACAAUGUUCCUCACCGAUUCUAAUAAUAUUAAAGAAGUAUUGUUCUUCCCUCAAAUGAAGCCGGAUGAUCCAAAUAAAAACAGGGAAAUGACUGAAGAUGACAAAGCGUCAAACGAUAGUGCAGAAAAAUGAAGUUAUUUAAACAAAAAUUUAUAAAACUGAUAAUUUGGAAAACAUUUCAAAAUUUUUAAAGUAUAAAGAUUACUUUGAAUAAUUAAUAUCUUGUAAAAAAAG